AUGUCGCCGGCCCAGACGCCGUUCGAGUACCCGUCAGCCCACUCGGGCUUUGGCUUCUCGGACGAGGAGGCCGAUCUCCACGAAGAGAGCGACGACAAUCUGGACGACAUGUCAGUGUCCAACGGUAAUUACAGCCCACCCGCCUGGAGGCGGCUCGAGAAUGGAGAUCGCUGGUACGGCAAUUGGCGCGGGAGUAGAGACAUAUUGGGGACCAUGAACCGGCCGAGGCGCGCAAAUUACAGCAUCAGGAAUAAUAGCAUCUUUCAGGAUGACAUCUUCGAGGCGGCCCGUAGGACGCGUUUGCCGACGGGGAGUCUCAGCCCCGAGAAGGAGCCCACCCCCGAGGAGGCUCACGCCGACGACGACGACACUCUUGUUAGGAUGAAGAGAGAGACCAGACCGCCGGUGGAGAAGACCGCGAACAGGGGGACGGCGGAAGCCGAAGAUGUGAUGGCUUCCAUGUCGCCCGACGGCGCCAGGAAUAACUAUAUCCGGCUUGCUGUGCGCGCCGACAUCCAACAGCGGACCGAGCCGAUCGAGGCCGCCGUAAAUUUCCUCCGGACUCGGUUGAACGUGAUCACCAAGUCGUGGGGGAAUAUCAUCGUCGCAACGCUCGUCGCCCUUCUAUCGAUAUCAACGGUGAGGUCGUUGUUCCAGCCUGCGCCGCCGCGACCGUCGCCCGAUCUGGUCAAGGUAGCCGGUGUCGCGCGCUCGUUCGAGCCGCUCAUCUACUACUCGGAGAACGGGGUGUCUCAGGUCGGGGACCUCCAGGCGACCGGUGUCGCGGUGUGGGACCUCGGGGAGAGUGUGCGAUUGAGUAAUAUGACGUCGGCGCCUAUCAUAGUGAAAUCCCUCGACGAGCUAUCGGACAGCCUAAAGACCUUGGCCGUCGAGCUCACUAGAUUUUUUGCCAACGUCGACGGCGAUAUAGACGGUAUCCUGAUCGUGAUGGAUUGGGCGCGACGCGAGCUGACGCAGCUCCAAGCCGUGCCAAGCCCGCCGCUGUCGACGGCCUUCGCCAAUAUCCACAACCUGCUCUGCGCAGUGGGCCUCUUCGAGAAUCCGAACACGGGCAUGCCGACACGACUAGGCCACAUCGCGACGGUCAUGUUCGGCAUGUCGCACCCGCAGCGCACCCGCUACACGCUGCAGCGUACCUUCACGGAAUUCCUCUCGGUGCUCGAGGAGGCGAUCGAGAACGAGCUCCAACACUCGCUAGCGCUCUUUGGCCUCUUCGAGGCCAUCGACCGGCAAUUCCUCAACUUGGCGCGCACCGUGGUGCGCGAAUCCUCGCAGCAGGACGAGCAACACGCCGACUUCCUCUCAUCGCUCUGGACGCGCAUACUAGGACCCAAGGCAAGCGAGGUGAAGAAGUACGAGCGCAACCGCGAGCUGCUGCAGAACGUGCGCGAGAAGACGGUGCGCAAUAAGGGAAUCCUCGUCGAGCACAACGGCAAGCUGCUCACCCUCAAGGCCAAUCUCGAAAGCCUACGGCGCAAACUCAUCUCCCCUCUGGUGAGGAGCGUCAAUAGCAGCACGCUGACGCUUGACGAGCAAAUCAAGGGCCUCGAGGACGUAGGCGUCUAUCUCGAGGGUGUACGCGCGAGGCAGAAAGGCAAGCUCAUGGAGCAGCUGUACGGGAGGGCAAGCCAUAGGCCCAGCAUCUCGGCCUGUCCCCCCCAACCUCCGACGACGGGACUCGGGGGGCAGCGUCUAGCAGCCCGGUGA